GCUUCAAAACGAGAAGGAAGUGAAGUGAGAGGACAUGAAGCAGCGCCGAUAAACAGGCCAGACGAAGAGAAACUACGUUUAGACUCAGUUACUCACCGAUGCGACUGAUAAACGCGUCUCUAAGCUCAGCUAACGUUACUUCGGAAAACUGGUUAAAAUCGGCGCUGCUUUCGCCGUUAAGUUUGUUAUCGUUGAGGUCUGAAGAGGGGAAAGAGGAGAGUAUGUAGGAGUCAUCUAUCUCUUCCUGCCGUCCUCCUCCUCCUUCUCCACUUGACUCCGAGCUAGGAGAAACAGAAACUACAUUGUCCACGGACUGAUCUGACAGCGUCUCGCUCCGUUCAUCGACGAUGGCGGAUAGCGUCGGGGAGCAGGCCAACGGGUCUGUGGGGGCGCAGUUGUCCGCGAGUUUGGUUAAUUCCCUCCCGGGACACUCUUCAGCCUCGCCGCCUCCGGCAGACACCGGCCUGCUCGAGCCCUCGGUGCCCGUGGUAGCCAUUCCUCCGUCCCUGCCGACCGGUGUCGUGUCAGGGGUCCCGGCCGGAGCGAGCCUCCUGUCCCAAAUCCAGGCCACCUCCUGGGAUCCCACGAUGAGCACCGACUGGGACAACGAGAAGGCGUCCCAGCAGUGCAUCCUCCGGAUAAAAAGAGACAUUAUGUCCAUUUAUAAAGAGCCUCCUCCAGGAAUGUUUGUGGUUCCUGAUCCUCAUGACAUGACCAAGAUUCACGCCCUCAUCACCGGCCCCUUCGACACACCAUAUGAGGGAGGCUUCUUCCUCUUCCUGUUCCGCUGUCCCCCUGACUAUCCCAUCCACCCUCCACGGGUCAAACUGAUCACUACCGGCCACAACACCGUUCGAUUCAACCCCAACUUCUACCGCAACGGCAAAGUCUGCCUCAGCAUCCUUGGCACUUGGACCGGUCCAGCGUGGAGUCCCGCCCAGAGCAUCUCCUCUGUUCUCAUCUCCAUACAGUCCCUAAUGACAGAGAACCCUUACCACAAUGAGCCAGGCUUUGAGCAGGAAAGGCAUCCAGGAGACAGCAAGAACUAUAACGAGUGCAUCCGCCACGAGACCAUGCGAGUUGCAGUGUGUGAUAUGCUCGAGGGCAAAGUGUCGUGUCCCAAGGCCUUGUGCAGCGUGAUGGAGAAAUCCUUCCUGGAGUACUAUGAUUUCUAUGAGGGGGUCUGCAAAGAACAUCUGCAUCUCCAAGGACAGAACAUGCAGGAUCCUUUUGGGGAGAAGAGAGGUCGUUUUGACUACCAGGGUCUGUUGACCCGUCUCAGAGCCAUCCAGAGGCGCUUGCGGGAAAAGUGCCCACCAGAGGACCACGACGGUGACUCUGACUCAGACACCAGCUCCUCCGGCACCGAUCCGGACAGUCAGGGCAGCUCACAGCCUUAGAGUGCCCUCUCUCAGGGUGCGAAGCCAGCAAGGUUAGACCGUUCCCCUUUACCUGCAGCUCCGGACGCCUCUCAAGCGAGCACCGAUGUAAGGAGGGCUGAAAUACCAGAGGACAGAGUUUCUGUCUCAUCCCAUUGGUUAAUAUUUUCCUCUUGCUCCUUGUGUGUUGGCCAAUGACUGCCUUUUGUUUUUCUCUUCUUUUUUUUUUUGCCUCUAAUGGAGGAGAGGUUCAGUCCAGAGGGGGAAUGAGGUGUAUAGAUGUAUGUGUGUACAUUUGUAAGUGACAAAGAUGUAUACGCCGGUCAUCACAGCCUCAGCUUUUUGAGUGCAUGUUUCUCUGACCCUUCCUGCGUCCAGUGUAGAGUUAACAGAAAAAAUAAGUCGAAGAAUUAAUGAUGAUGAUGAUGAUAAAAUCACUCUUAAAACAAACCGCUUUACUUGCAAAUACACACUUAGUUCCUAAAACAUUAUUUCACUCACGAAAUUGUUUAAAACAUAAAUUGAGAUCCAAACUGAUAAUGAAUUGAAUACCACACUUUAAGACUGAUGCAACUUUAAAAAAUAAAUAAGUAUAUGUAACCGUCCAUAGAGAAGUUUUAUUUGAAUGCUCUUAAAAUGCUGUUGAACUGGUGAAAGCAUCAGCAGCCGGCCGAGCCCUUUUGGGAACGGUUGCCUUUUGAGUGUCGUCGACUUUUUGGAAAUAGUUUUGUUUGGUGAACUUCGAUCUGUCAGUGUCAAAUGAGACAUCUUUUCUGUUAUUGUUCUGGGAAUAACCUUGAAUUUCCAACAGACUAGAAACUAACUUUUGCUCCCUUUUCUUGGUUAUUUUACUUGUAAUUCUUAGACAGCAAUUCCACUCCAGCCUCCGCUCAAAGUGUCCCUCGAUACUGCUACAAAUGUCCUUCUCUUUACCGGGGAUACUGUGCCACUGGUGUCCUCAUAUGCAACAGGAUGAAGCUGCCUCGCACGGAUUGGAGAAACCGUUACUUGACACCAUGGUUCAUGACUAUCUAUGCUCCUAAAUAUUUAGCAAAAAUCUAUUGCAAUCCAUCCCUUUAAAUAGCAGGCACAUAGUUUUCCACAGCAUGCUAAACACAACCAGACUGGCAGCCUUUAGUAUUUUUUAUACAUGUUAUAUAAUGCAUAUACAAUUAUAAUGCAUUUUAUUUAUGGACAAGCAUAUGGUCUUCUAUUAAGUGAACCACAAAACAACACUUUUGACAAAGUUUUGCAUUCUCCAGCGGGUCUUAAGUACAGUUCAGAGGUUUUGCAUGCGCUAUCAUUCUGAUGCAGUUGAUCUCUCUCUUAAGUGUGAGAGAAUAUAUUCUGGUCUAGGACAUUAUAUUUUGUUAGGUUGCUUGAUUUGUUUGGUUUGAAUGAACAGUUUCUCUUCUAGAACGCCCUGCAACAGGAAACCGUUCCCUGGCUAUGAGUUUGACUUGAUGUACUAACGCUUUUCCCUUGUUAGCAAAAUGAAUUAUGUGAAUAAUUAAUGUAUCGAUCUGUUGCAACUGUAAUAAGAAAAAAAUAUAUAAAUCUGAUUCUGAUUA